GGUGAAAAAGGACCCCAAGGUUUACCUGGUUUAAUGGGUGAGAGAGGAGAAAAGGGUUCCCUUGGUGCACCUGGCACCCCAGGAAGGGAUGGUGCCAAAGGAGAAACUGGAGAACCUGGUCUUCCUGGACCAUCUGGUCUUCCUGGACCAUCUGGCCCAAAGGGAGAAGAAGGGCGUCCUGGUUCACCAGGUCGUCAAGGUUAUGUUGGUGCACCUGUAAGGGAAAGAGGAGAAAAAGGGCCCCGAGGAGACAAGGGAGAACGUGGCCUUGACGGUUUUCCUGGGAAGCCUGGCUUGGAUGGGAAACAGGGUGCCAAAGGAAGUUCAGGUCAACCAGGACUUAUAGGACCACAAGGAGAGAAGGGUGAAAUCGGGGCUCCUGGGAAACCGGGCUCACACGUGCAGAUUGAAGGCUUGAAAGGAGAGCAAGGAGCUCCUGGCCCACGGGGACCAAUGGGGCCUCCAGGAGCUCCAGGUAGCCCAGGACCACCUGGACUAGAAGGCAAGGUGGGACCUCCGGGUCUACAAGGUCUACGG